GAUGUGGCAGUUACCUCUGUGGCAGUUGCCUCGUUCAAGCUGCGCGAUGACAGUGGCGAUGCCAGCCUCCUGCGAAUUGUCACCACGCACUUGCCCGACAUCCCUUAUGGUCCAGCUCGAAAAGAGUUCUGCGAGUGCAUGGGGCAGCUGGAGGACGUUGCGCGAAUCCCGACAUUUCUCCUUGCCAGCUUGAGCUUCUCGGACCAGGUCAUCGAAGCAUGGAUGAGACACAAAUCCAGGAUGGAGAACGUCAAGUUCGCAGAAAUCCCGUACCCAACUAGCAUCCACCAGGCAACCCUUCUUCCGAAGAGGGUGGACGGCAUUGCAUCCUUGUCUCCAAAGGGUACGUGGGAGGCCCGCAAUCCAUUGUGUGAAGCGAGUUAG